GGCCCCCGCCCGCCGCCGCUCGGCUCCCGCGAACCUUCCUCCUUCCGCGAGCCUCCGUAGACGCUCCUUCCAGCCAUUUAAAGCCCGGGAACGGAGCCGCGCGUGUAGGAAUCCUUCGCCGCCGUUCUGGAAUCCUCUUUCGUAUCAGACCUCUGCCGUAAUACUCCUCUGAGUGUGAUCUCAGGACCUUGGCCACCCUCAUGGCACAAUGACCAACCCUCAGGAGCACCUGAGCGGCUCCUCUUCUCCACACUUCCCCUUGAGUGACAGCAAAACCUUCUGUGGACUACAAGAUGAACUUGCGGCCAUGGGGAACCAUCCUGCACCUAAGCUCCUCGGGGACCAACAGGAAAAGGGGGUCACACAGACGGAGCUGAUGGAGAGCACGAACGGGCCCAUCGCCCCAGCAGCGUUGACCAGCGUGAGUGAGGAUUCCAGGGACCAGUUUGAGAACAGCGUUCUUCAGCUCCGGGAGCAAGACGACUCAGAGGUGACUGUGUCUCAGGGCAACAGCAGCACGGUGGAUGGAGGGAACGGGAGUGGGACUGAGGACAUCAAGAUCCAGUUCAACAGGUCAGGCGGCAGCAGUACGGGCUUCCUGGAAGGGCUGUUUGGAUGCCUCCGGCCUGUGUGGAAUAUCAUCGGGAAGGCGUAUUCCACCGACUACAAACUGCAGCAGCAGGAUACCUGGGAAGUGCCGUUUGAAGAGAUCUCAGAGUUGCAGUGGCUGGGUAGUGGAGCCCAAGGAGCUGUCUUCCUGGGCAAAUUUCGAGCAGAGGAGGUGGCCAUCAAGAAAGUGCGAGAGCAGAAUGAGACGGAUAUCAAGCAUUUGAGGAAGCUGAAGCAUCCUAACAUCAUCGCAUUCAAGGGUGUUUGCACUCAGGCCCCGUGUUACUGCAUCAUCAUGGAAUACUGUGCCCACGGGCAGCUUUACGAGGUCUUGCGGGCUGGCAGGAAGAUCACACCUCGGUUGCUAGUCGACUGGUCCACAGGAAUCGCCAGUGGCAUGAAUUAUUUGCACCUCCAUAAAAUUAUCCAUCGCGAUCUUAAAUCACCUAAUGUUUUAGUGACUCACACAGAUGCAGUAAAAAUUUCAGAUUUUGGUACAUCUAAGGAACUCAGUGAUAAGAGUACCAAGAUGUCUUUUGCUGGCACAGUUGCGUGGAUGGCACCAGAGGUGAUUCGGAAUGAACCUGUCUCUGAAAAAGUUGACAUAUGGUCUUUUGGAGUGGUGCUUUGGGAGCUGCUGACAGGAGAGAUCCCCUACAAGGAUGUAGAUUCUUCAGCCAUUAUUUGGGGUGUUGGAAGCAACAGCCUGCACCUCCCAGUUCCUUCUACUUGCCCAGAUGGAUUCAAAAUUCUUAUGAAACAGACAUGGCAGAGUAAGCCCCGCAACAGGCCCUCUUUCAGGCAGACGCUCAUGCAUCUAGACAUCGCAUCUGCAGAUGUGCUUGCCACGCCUCAAGAAACUUACUUCAAGUCUCAGGCUGAAUGGAGAGAAGAAGUAAAAAAGCACUUUGAGAAGAUCAAAAGUGAAGGGACCUGUAUACACCGCUUGGAUGAAGAGCUGAUUCGACGGCGCAGGGAGGAGCUCAGGCAUGCUCUGGAUAUUCGUGAGCACUAUGAGAGAAAGCUUGAGCGGGCCAACAACUUAUACAUGGAGCUGAGUGCCAUCAUGCUGCAGCUGGAAAUGCGUGAAAAGGAGCUCAUUAAGCGAGAGCAGGCAGUGGAAAAGAAGUAUCCUGGCACCUACAAACGACACCCUGUUCGCCCGAUAAUCCACUCCAACGCCAUGGAGAAGCUCAUGAAGAGGAAGGGCGGGCCUCACAAGCCUGGGGUUCAGACCAAGCGACCAGACCUGCUGAGAUCUGAAGGUAUCCCCAGUAUGGAAGUGGCUCCCACUGCAUCCCCUUUGUCUGGAAGUCCCAAGAUGUCCACUUCAAGCAGCAAGAGCCGGUACCGAAGCAAACCACGCCACCGCCGAGGGAACAGUAGAGGCAGCCACAGUGACUUUGCAGCAAUCUUGAAAAACCAGCCAGCCAGGGAAAAUGCGCCCGAUCCCACUUACCUACACGAGCCGCAGUCCCAGUACCCUUCUCUCCAGCAGCAUAACCCUGUGCCAGAGCAGAACCAGCAACUCCCCCCUGGCAUGCCCCAGAGCCACCACCCCAGGCUGAAUAUGCAUGGACAAGACAUUGCAACCUGCGCCAACAACCUGAGGUAUUUUGGCCCCGCAGCGGCUCUGAGGAGCCCACUCAGCAACCACGCUCAAAGACAGAUGCCCGGCUCUAGCCCCGAUCUCAUCUCCACGGCCAUGGCUGCAGAUUGCUGGAGAAAUUCUGAAGCAGCUGGCCAGGGCCAAGCUGGCCCCUGGAGCUGUUGUCAAACUGACCCCUAUGACCCCUGUCUCCAAUUCAGGCCAGAACAGUCUGGGUCCUUAAAUGUACCUACUGCUGAGCCAGUGGGAAGGAACCUCGACCUUUCCAAGUCACCAGCACACAAUCCCUUCUCAGAAAAUGCCCAGAGCUCUGAGAAAAUGGAGGCAAAUGAAUUUCACAGCUAUCAGUCUGCAGCAUCACUUGGUACUGCUCAUCAGUUCACACCCCCAGUGCUACCUCGGAAAACAAGGCCCCCUGAGAAGAGUGGAGAUGACUCCUCAGAAGAAGAAGGAGAAGUAGACAGUGAGGUUGAAUUUCCACGAAGACCAAGGCCCCAUCGCUGUAUCCGGAGCUGCCAGUCCUAUUCCACCUUCAGCUCUGAGAACUUCUCAGUGUCUGAUGGAGAGGAAGGCAAUACUAGUGACCACUCAAACAGUCCCUAUGAGUCAGCUGACAAACUUGAAGAUCGCCUGGCCGAGAAACUGGAUGACCUGCUGUCCCAGACGCCCGAGGUUCCCAUCGAGAUCUCCUCCCACUCGGACGGGCUCUCUGACAAAGAGUGCGCUGUGCGGCGCGUGAAGACCCAGAUGUCCCUGGGCAAGCUGUGUGUGGAGGAGCGCAGCUAUGAGAACCCGAUGCAGUAUGAAGAAUCAGACUGUGACUCUUCAGAGGGGGAGUGUUCUGAUGCCACAGUGAGGACCAACCAACACUACACCUCUGCUACUUGGUGAUAAAGAAAUCCUCAUCCUGAACAUCUUGGGACACUGGCAUCUCGAAUCCGUGCCAGCCCGAGACUCUCCCUCUCUCCCUGUUUUUCAUCUGGGAGGAGUUGCCCACCUUUACCACCCCAAGAAGCGAGCCGCAAUAACAGGAACAUGAGACUCCACAAAUCUCUGGAAAAAAAAAAAUCCAAAUUUCAAUCAAGAAUGGCAGGGAUCUAUUUUAUGGAAUAUAUUCUAGCUACUGUAACAUUGAUAUUUAUUUUUGUUGGACAUUUUAACACUUUGUACUAUAAAGAAUGAACUAUAUCUGAUAUAUAGAGAGACAUAAUAAUUUCUUUACAAAAAAAAUAAAAAGAGAAAGGAAAGGAUAGGAAAGGAAAGGAAAAAGAAAGAAGUCGGCUUUAGGAGCAGCCUCUGGAACUUGUAGGGCUGGGAGGCGUUUAGUGCUGCUUGAACCAGGUCUUUUGUCCACAGUGGCUGAAGAAGUCAGGGUGAGGCAGGAUGUACUCCUUAGAACACAAAGAACAGCAAGAGAAAUGCAAUUCUGGGUGACCAGUACACAUCGAGUUCACUCAGCUCAUAGAGCCAAAGCCUCUGAGGGCUGUGCUUUCUCUAAGAGGAAAAAAAAAAAAAAAAAAAAACAGCAAAACUGUACUUGUGGAAGCUGAUUUCAUUUCUUAAACACUGAGCAGAAUUUGGUAGUGAGGCUUACAAAUAGCAUCAAAGCUUAUCCUUGGCAAAUACGUCUAUUGUUAAUGCUGCCACUAUCACCACCUUGACCAAUGUGAUCAUCAGACUCAAGUGCCAUUUCUCUCCAGUAGCUUCUUUUCUUUCUACCACUUCCUUUAAAAAGGAGUGGGGAUCCUGAGAAGCAGAAAAUGUUAAAAUAAAGAACACCUGCAACAGUAGGAAAACAAAUUAGUAAAAGUUCCUUCUCAGGAUGGUUCUGUUCAGCCAUAGAAGCAAGAUGGAACCACCCCGCUCUGGACCCUCGUUGCUUAUCUGCUGGAAUCAAACUGACCCUAAGAGAGGUGUCUGCCCAGGGUCCACUCCCAAGCCAUCCCUUUAUUUUUGUUAAUGAACUCAUUCUAGCCCAGAAGCCUAGUAACUGGCUAUAACUGUCAGAAUGAAGGCAAAAUAAGCAACUUGCAAAAGGUGACCUGUCUCCCACCACAAUAGCAUUUUUACUAAAUGUUACUUACUUGUAAAAUAGAUUUGACUUCACUCUGAAUCACUACAGUUUUGAUUAGUUGGAUUUGGAAAUCUGAAAAAAGAACAACUAAUCCUCAGCAGGGAUUGGGAAGUGUUUUGCUUUCUCAAAAGCAUGAGCUUGUCCCUGUCUUCAGGGUCCUGGGCUCUGAAAACUACCCCACGGUCCUUCAUGGAGCCUUGACUUUAAGGGAAUUUUUUUUUUUUUCUUGGAAACAGGAUCUCACUGUGUAGUUCAGGCUGGCCUUGAACCAUUGAUCCUCUUGCUGGAAUUACAGGUGGGCACAACCUGUAAGCCAUGUCUGGUGAAAGGAAGUUAGUGUUUAGAAUUUUAUACACAAAUAUGUUGAUUUGAUUCCUGUCUGUCUCCAAGAUAGGCUACUACCAUGCAUCUUUCCACGACUGGCUGGGCCCUUAGCAUUGCAUCCUGUGAGAUGGUGGGAAGCAGUUGGAACAUGCAGGCAUUAAUGUACUUCCAACCCCGGUGGGGAUAGUGUCCCUCCGCUGGGUUUCGCUGACUGAAUCAGCCAAGAAAAGGAAGGCAGGAGGGAACUGAGAGCAGAUUGUUUAGUUGGAAUGAUCCCUCCAUUUGUUUACACUUUAUGUUGAGACAUUGAUUUAAAAUUUUGUGUCUAUAAUUUUCAGAUCAUAGGUAAGAUGAAGGAAAAAUGUUAAUUUAUAUAGACAACAGUAUUGUUUGCAUUAAAUUAUUCCAUUUUGUACAAACUCUGUAGCUGGGCUACAUGAAAGAUCUUAA